UCGAGAAGGGCUCAUUUCCGGAGGUUACCUGAACGCACCUCGUGAACAUUAAAGUGUUGAGUGUGGCGAGUGACAGCGCGAAUAAAGUGAAAGAAACACGACAAGAAGAAACGACGAGAGCGGAAAUUCGACAAGGUUACUGAACUAUUUCCUGUUGCCGGGGCAGUUUUGUUUUUUUUUUAAAAAGCUGCUUGUAAAUGUAGCUUGUCGCCGGACAGCGGCCACACAAACAACAGGAACGCCACAGAAAUGCAGAAUGGGAAGAGCCGCCUGCAGCAGCGCCAGGAGGAGGCGGAGGAAGUGAAGGACAUCAUGCUCAACAAUCUGAACAAGGUGGAUGAGCGAUCGGUCAAACUGGGCGACCUGGAGAGCCGAGCUGAUGAGCUGCUGGAAAAGAGUAAAACCUUUGAAAAGAAAUCCAACCAAGUGAAAGAAACCCAACGGUGGAAGAAUAAGAAGACGAAAAUUGCACUUAUUGCAGUUGGAGUUGUAGUGCUCCUCGUCGUACUUGGAUUGAUCAUCUUUGCUGUUGCGACAUAGCACACUCCUGCAUGGACCCGAGGUGAAACAUUGGAGCUGGACAAGCUGAUGUGGACAAAGAAAAAAAGUCCAUGAAAGGGGAAGUCCGUGCUAUUUUUUUGUUUGUCGUAUAAAUGAGACUGUAGGUGUCACUCCUUGGAAAGUUCACAUGGUACCAUCGAUAGUUGCUGCUUGUCAUUUACACAACGUUGUUGCUCCCAGCCCACACUGACCACACAAACAUAAAGUCUGUCCAAACUGAGAUAGAAUUUAGGGUGUCAGCUUUAUCUGGCUUUUUUUGUUUUGUUUUAUAAAUCUAAAGAGAUUAGUAACGAGCAAGUGACUCUUCAACCUUACAUUUUUGACACAAACCAGUAUCAGAUGUGCAUCUGUUAUCCUGUUUUCAUGAAUGCUUCUUUGGGAGAAACAGGAACAGUUUAAUGAAGUGUCCAUGGCCAAUUGUGGAGCUACGUCCAAACACAGAAAUACUCAUAAGAUCACAUAAACACUGCAUAUUGUCAUUAUCAUAUAUUCAAAUGUUAUACUAUAAUUAGAAUGAGCAAGUAGAUAAAUACCUGAUAAAUUAUUUAAAUUAAAUUAUUAUUAUUAAUAAUUAAAUUAAAUCUACAGAGGUAAAAAAAAAAGUUUGAUUUUGUGAACAAUUUGAAAAGUUGAAUGAAAAGCAGAACUAAUAUUGAUUACUAUCAUUUACAAUCUGUUGUUGUCUUGUUAAAAAUGUUUAAGUAAAACCUUUGAUCAUAAGUGUUGUUCUGUUCCUUCGAAGGCUUCACAAUCCUACUCAGGGUCAAAUAAAACCCACCUAGAGCCGCAAACUCUGGUCGAUUCCUAAUAUGACGAUAACACCACUUAUAGUUUCCUUACACUUGGACUUAUGAACACUUGACAAAAACGACUCGCAUUUUAUUUCUGGGCAUAACGAAGCAAAUCACCAAAUAAUUUUGAACAUUAGAAAAAAAAUACACUGUUCCUUCCCUUAUUAAUUAAUAAAAAAAAAUAAAAAUCAGACCCCAAAAGGGACAAGUGGUAGAGAACGGAUAGAUGGAACUCAUUCCAUUUUUCUCAAGGCUACUACUACGGCAUAUUCAUCUGACUAAAGAUGGAAAACAACAACCUCGUCAUCAAUGAAAGCAAAUUAAUAAAAAUUUAAGUAAAUAAAAUGUUUCUCUUUUCUGAUCUGUCCAUUGCUAGAGGUUGACCGCUAAAAACAAUACAAUACAAAAGAGAUGUCGCAUUAGGACUUCCUUUGACAAUACAUUAAAAUGUGUUUUAUUUUCAUAUGACAAGAUCCCAGAAGUCUCCAAAAUAACAACUGUUAAAUUAAAAUUAACUAACUAAAUAAAAUGAAGUAUAUUAAAUCAAGUAACCAUUAUCUGUUGACCUUCGGUUUCAAAGCCAAAGGGAGCCACGGCGAAGGCAUGAAAGAGCCGCGGGUUGGAGACCCCUGCCCUAAGAGCAUGGCCAGAGACAGGAGCAGACCCAACAAAGCAACCAAGAGAGCCCUUGGCCGCCCACUACCUCUCGGCCAGUGUCCAGUCCCCUAUGGAUGAGCGAGGAUACGUCUAAGGCAGUGGUUCUUAACCUGGGUUCGAUCGAACCCUAGGGAUUCAGUGAGUCGGCCUCAGGGGUUCGGUGGAGGUCAAGACACACCCGACUCAUCGUGUAAAAAAAAAACUUC